AUGCCCCUUCGUCGUGGACGCCGCCCCAUGUUGUGGGUGGGCUUGUUGGCCGUGGUUCUGUUCGCGCCUGGGCCGACUCGAGCCAUGUGUGCCAACGCAUGCUCUGGUCAUGGCUUUUGCAACUCGUUCAACGUAUGCGAUUGCAACCGAGGGUUUACUGGCGGCGAUUGUUCCCUUCUGCGUUGUCCUGUUGGCAAGGCGUGGGGACUGAUUACCGCCACGGACACUGCGCAUCAAAUGGCGGAAUGUUCAGGUCGGGGAACGUGUGUGACCUCGUCUGGAACGUGCAGCUGCCAAAACGGGUUUGAAGGCAGUGCUUGCCAACACGUGAUUUGCUUGGAAUCCUGCUCUUCGCGAGGAAGGUGCAUCACGAUGGAGCAGCUGGCCAGCGAUCCGUUGACUGCGUUAAACCUACUGGAUAAGCCACCUCUGGAGUACUCUUCAUAUGUGAUGUGGGAUGCUGACAUGAUCCGCGGGUGUCUGUGCGACGAUGGCUACGGCGGCUACAAUUGUCUUAUUGACAGAUGCCACGGGGGCGAUGAUCCGUUAACAACUGGCCAAACCGAAGAAAUUCAACUCGUGACUUGCACGGCGUCGUAUUUGCAACACACGAUUGCGCUCCAGUACGACACCACGCCCACCGCUGGCACGUUCGUGUUGAAAUUUGGCCGGUUGCGUACCAGCCCCAUCAACUUCAAUGCGCCAGCGUCGGCGGCGUUGGGAACGUCCAUGACUGAAAUGCUGCAAACCCUACCUACUAUCCCAGCAGUGACGGUGGCUCGACGAAGCACUGCGACCGCGACGUUCUGGGACUUGUCGUUUGCCCCAUCUAGUGUGGAACAGCACAGCUUUCAGCCACGUUGGAGGGUUGUGGAAGUGCAGUCGUUCUUCUGUGCAGCGGACUCGGGAUAUCUGUCACUUCUGUACAACAAGUACUUGUUUGGGAAUAUUCCAUCUACCGCCCUCGCCUCGGAUCUCAAGCUCAAGCUCGAGUCAUAUGUGAAGAUUGGCACGGUCGACGUCACGUAUAGUUCUGGCACGACACUAUGUCGAGCUAGCGGCAACCAGGUUACGAUUGCGUUUACGUUGAUGCGAGAUCGCGAUUUCAUUGGCGACUUGCCGGCGUUGGUCGUGGAUGCAGCCAAUCAGGGCCAGCGAAACGGCCUCUUCCUUGGUGGCCUCGCUCCGACAGUAGAUGCAGUAGCUACUGAAAUCGUAAAGGGAAUUGACACGUGUCACCGCGUGGAAGUCCAAAGCCUCACGUGUGGGGCCACCUCGGGCUUUUUUUCCUUGUCGUUUGAAGGUCGCAACGUGUCGAACUUGCCCUACACGAUAGCCGCCGCCGACUUGCGGCUAGCUAUGCUGGCUAGCGGCAACCAGGUUACGAUUGCGUUUACGUUGAUGCGAGAUCGCGAUUUCAUUGGCGACUUGCCGGCGUUGGUCGUGGAUGCAGCCAAUCAGGGCCAGCGAAACGGCCUCUUCCUUGGUGGCCUCGCUCCGACAGUAGAUGCAGUAGCUACUGAAAUCGUAAAGGGAAUUGACACGUGUCACCGCGUGGAAGUCCAAAGCCUCACGUGUGGGGCCACCUCGGGCUUUUUUUCCUUGUCGUUUGAAGGUCGCACCGUGUCGAACUUGCCCUACACGAUAGCCGCCGCCGACUUGCGGCUAGCUAUGCUGGGUGCCUUUCCAUCGUUGAUCGACAUUGAUGUCACGUACUCGAGCGGCACGGAGGCAUGUGACUCUGUGGGAGCUGGCACGGUCAUCACUAUUUCAUAUGUGGUGGUGUCUACUAACGGACCGAGUGGAAAUGGCGAUUUGAGCGCGCUCACUGCCGACCGAACCAACGGCGGCACGUCGGGGCUGGCUCACGCAUCCCCCAACCUCCUCCAACUCACAGCCUCCGCCGUGGAAGUGACCAAAGGCGCCCGCUGUGUGCCGUUAAGCUCCACAUUCGUGAGCGCGCCCACCCAGCAGAUCACGUCCACGGUCGUACUGGGCGGUGGCGAGUUCAGUUUGGGCUUCAGAGGGCAAAGCACGGGGCCAAUUCCGGCUACUGCACGCCCGAGUCAGGUCGUUGCAGCCCUCACGAAACUUCCUGCGAUUUCAGGCGUCGAUGUGACGUUUACGACUGGCGAAGCGUGCGCGACUCCUGCAAACGUGAUAAAGCUCGUGUUUACCCAAGAGUUUGGCAAUGUACCCACUGUAACAGCGGACGCAAGGGGGUCGCCAGUGACAGUGCAGGUGUUUGCCAGUGGGGCUGUCGACCCGGUGACCUCUUUGGCGUCGACAGAUGGGACGAAAGAAGUGGUCGAGUGCUCUGGGCGUGGCACAUGCGACUACAGCAAGGGCGGGGCAUGCAAAUGUUAUACGGGCUACAUUGCCAGCAACGGACGAGGUCUACCUGCUACGUCGUUGAUUCGGCGAGAUGAUUGUGGGGCGAUGGCUGUCACGAUUGCCAGUUGUCCCGGCGACGUGCCGUGCAGUGGCCACGGCACUUGUUCGAAUGAACCCAUGUUCAAGUGCACAUGUGCUGUCGGAUGGCGCAACGGCGACUGUUCCGAGCGCGAAUGUCCUCAUGGUUUGUCGUGGUUCUCGUACCCACUGGUCAACAACGUGGCCCAUCGGGACUUUGCCGAAUGCUCCAACGUCGGACUAUGCGACCGCACCACCGCCCUAUGCCAGUGCUCUCCUCCCUACGUUGGCCCCUCUUGCGCCUUGAUGGCCUGCGGGGGCAGUGGCAACGAGUGUUCUGGUCACGGCCAGUGCUUAACGUUGCGGCAGCUGGCGCCUUUAGUUCGAUCCAAUGGUGUCGUCGCUGGGUUUACCUUUGGAGAUGACCCCAAUAACCCGUGGACGUGGGAAGCAGAGAAAAUCCAGUCGUGUCUGUGUGACCCACCGUUCUACGGCUACGAUUGCUCACUGGUGGACUGUCCACACGGAGACGACCCUAACACAUACUUGGACGUGCAAGAGGUGCAGCAGGUGCAAUGCAUUGCGUCGGGGGGGUCGUUCACGUUGACCUUUCGCGAACAAACGACAGCUUCGAUUGCAUGGAAUGCCAACCUCGCCACAGUCAAACAAGCCCUGGAAGCCCUCCAGUCGAUUGAAAGUGUCGUGCUGACGUUCAGCGGCUCCAGUACUACUGUGUGUACCGCCACGACCCCUGGAGUCACCACAACCAUCCGUUUCGUGUACGAACUGGGGGCGCUGCCCUGCCUUCAAAACGACAAGAGCCAGCUACUGGAUGCUGUCCAAGGCGACGGCACCCCCGGCACAGGCACGGUCAACGUCAACUGCGGCGGAGAGACCCUGUUAGGUCAAUACCUGUCGGUGGUCGGUACGCGAGAAGAUGCCGUCUGCUCCAACCACGGCGUGUGCGACACCCAAGUGGGCGUGUGUCGAUGCGACCCUUUUUAUGCCAGCAGCGACGGGUUGGGGGGGGCUGGGCUUCGAGGCGACUGCAGCUUUCGCACGGCUAUGGCCAAGGGUGGGGGUGGGGGCGGUAGUAGCGCAGGCUAA